UGCAGAUUGACUAGAAGCAGUCACCAGUGCUCGGCUACAUUCCUCUCAGGAAGGACGUUAAAGUUUGGACAUUCAUUCAUCACUGAAAUUGGAGCUAUUUUACUCUCCCAGGAGACAUGGCAGGGGAGACCAGCCGAGGGUUGAGGUUGUGUCUGCAUCACAUGGUCCAAAGAUCUCCACAUCCCAUGUCAUCGCUGCAAAGACCCAGAUCCUUCAGCUCACUCAGGGAAGGGAAGCGCAGAGGGCUGGUCUGGAAGGCUCUGCUGGGUCUCUCUGUGGGCGUGCCCGUGGCGGCGGGCGUCCACUACGCCGCAUCCGAGCCCAGAGACCGGAGGAGGACCAAGAUCACGAUCGAGGGGAUCGGGCGCUUCUGCAGGUCUCUGUCUGUGGGACUCUCCAUCUCCGGGGAUUACUGGUGGACCACCAACAUGUCUCUGCGGGGCCAAGAUGAGAGCAGCACAUCUUACGUGUCCGAGAUGUCGGCCUGCCACCAGAGGGCAGCAGAGUGCAUGGUGAGAGGAGCCAUAAGCAACGGGGGCAUUUACAUCAAACUGGGCCAGGGUCUGUGCUCCUUUAACCACCUGCUGCCCCCCGAGUACAUCCGGACCCUGCAGGUGCUGGAGGAUAAGGCUCUGAGCCGGAGGCACAAAGAGGUGGACGCUCUCUUUCAAGAGGACUUCAGUAAAACCCCGGAGCAGCUUUUCAAAUCCUUUGACCCUGAACCCAUCGCCGCCGCCAGCCUGGCGCAGGUCCAUAAAGCGGAGCUGUUCGACGGGACCCCUGUCGCUGUGAAGGUGCAGUACAUCGACCUCAGGGAUCGCUUCGACGGUGACAUCAGGACUCUGGAGAUCCUGCUGGAUAUCAUUAAAUUCAUGCACCCCAGCUUUGGGUUCAGAUGGGUUCUGAAGGACUUGAAGGGCACGUUGGCUCAGGAGCUGGAUUUUGAGAACGAGGCCAGGAAUUCGGAGCGGUGUGCGGAGGAGCUGAAACACUUCAGUUUCGUCGUUGUACCAAAAGUGUUCUGGGAGCAGACGAGUAAAAGAGUGCUGACAGCGGAGUUCUGCGAAGGUUGCAAAAUCAACAACGUGGAGGAAAUCAAAAGACAAGGACUGAGUUUGAAGGACACGGCAGAUAAACUGAUCCAAACGUUCGCCGAGCAGAUAUUCUACACCGGUUUCAUCCACGCUGACCCUCAUCCUGGAAACGUUCUAGUCAGACGGGGUCGAGACAACAAGGCAGAGUUGGUGCUCCUGGACCACGGCCUGUACGAAUACCUCAGUCCACGCGACAGAGCGGCUCUCUGUAAACUGUGGAGGUCCAUAGUCCUGAGGGACGAAGCCGCCAUGAAGAGGCACUCCAAAGCCCUCGGGGUCAAAGAGUACCUGCUGUUCAGCGAGAUGCUGCUGCAGCGGCCGAUCAACAUGCGGGAGUUCGGCCUGUCCAACAUCCUGAGUGGGGAGGAGACCGCCUACAUGCGUCAGAUGGCGAUGCAGCGCUUCGACAGCAUCAUGGCGGUGCUGAAGGCGAUGCCGCGGCCCAUGCUGCUCGUCUUCAGGAACAUCAACACGGUGCGCAGCAUCAACAUCAGCCUGGGGGCGCCGGUGGACCGCUACUGCGUCAUGGCCAAGACUGCGGUGCGAGGCUGGGGGCGGCUGCAGGCAGAGACCACGGGGGGGCUGUCCAGACUUGGGGUCUUCCGCUGGGUGAGGACGUCGUGGGAGGGCCUCAAGUUUGAAGUGGCCUUAAGGUGGGAAAUGGCGUCGAUGAGUCUGACGCGCUCCGUCCUCGGCCUGCUGUCGUACUUCGGUCUGAUUUCUCUGGACGCAGACAUGUACGAGUACCUGAGGUAGUACACGUGAAGGAACAGAGGAUGAAGAAGGAGAUAAUCCAAAUACAAGCUAAUGCAUGUAGCCUUUCACCUGGAAAAAGCUGCUAGUGAUGGUGCUCCUGGACUACUGACUUUUUUUUUUUAUACGGGUGAGAAUGAAUGAAAUUGCAGGACUGAAGUACCAAACCCACUCCAGAGCAGAAAAGCCUUAGUUUUUAUUUAAAUGAUCAUAUUUUACCUCCUUCAAUUAGUUUAUUUCAUUUUUUAGUACAGCAGUUUGUUUUAUCUUGCUUUUUAACCUGCAGUUUGUUAAAUAUUGACUAUAUUUUUUGAAGCUACAUCCUGGCUCAGCAAUGCAUUAAAUGGAGGUAGUGCCUCAGAAGUGAUGAUUGAUAUCCAUAAGUGUUUGCAAUAACAAGCUCCACACGACUCUGAUACUGAACACAUCUUUCUGAUGCUGCCAUUUAAUCAAAUGUUUUGACAUUAUUUUAAUAAAAAUGUUCUACCUCUUUCAGGCACCACUGUGUUUGUCACUUACAGAUGUGAUGUGCAACUCUCCUGAAUUAAAUUGUUUGAAAAUGUA